GUCCCACGGUGGUUCACCAUUUUCCCUGCGUUCCAGGACGGCGAAAAAGUGAAGAAAAAAAAAAAGAGAGGCAGUAAAUUUGGUAGCGCGUCGACAUGUCGUCGGCCGCGAAAUGUUUGGGUGCCGACGUCCCUAGUGGCCCGCUUCUUUCAUCUCGCUUUCCUCGUUAAGAAGCGGAGAGGGUACACCAACCGCCCGCCCGCCAGCCACUGCCUUUGUCAGCUGCGGCCUCUCGCUUCAGGAAGCUCACCCUCCUGCAGACUGGAGAGGGGGUCGUUAGAGAAGGAGCUCGGAGGGGUCACCCACUGGGCUGUAGCGGCGAUCUGCGAGCGGACGAUUCAAAACACACACACGCUCGCUCGUAUCUCGUGCGAAAGGGGACAGAGUUGUAGCGGCGCGCACGAGUACGGCUGUAGUGUGAGUGUGCGCGCGUAGAGAAGACAUAGCCGGGCCCGGCCGGCUACUCGGAGAUGAGGCCGCAGCGGUGGUGAGCCCCAGGAAAAGUGACAGUCGUGCGUUCUUACGGGAUCAUCGACGGGAUCAACGCACGUGGGGGCCUCGCAUUCGGUGCGCGCGAAUCACCGUCGUUGCAUCGGCAAGCGCCGUCACGCCCGCUUGCCCGUCUUGACGCGUCGUCUUACAGGGUCUGCCUCCCUCGUCUCACGCCGGUGCACGCUUUCCGUGCUGCCGAGGCUUCUCCGUGAGCCACACCGCGUCGUCCCUGUGUCGCAGUGGUUGGCCCCCCUCCUGCGUUGGAGCGUGGAUAAGAGAAUGUGGGUGCACGGAAUUCUUGCGGCGACUGCACUGAUGCUUUCGCCGGUCAUCGUGGUCCCUUCCGAGGCCAGGAUACGGGACGAUCCGAACCAGCCGUUCGCUCACACAAGGUCCGGGAUAGUUCGCGGCGUGCGCCUGAACGUCGGCCACAGACCCGUGGACGCUUUCUACGGCAUACCUUACGCAGAGCCACCUGUGGGUUACCUCAGGUUUCGCAAGCCUCGGCCGGCGUUACCUUGGAAAGGCAUCCACUACGCCACGCACAAGAGACCUCCGUGCUCCCAGAAGUCCUGGGAACUCACGCAGGGUUUCACCAUCGACGCGUCGAACACCACCGAGGACUGCCUGCACCUGAAUGUGUGGACGGCCGCCCGGUACUGCUUCCACCCGAACAUCGGGCUAUGCACCACCAAAGCCGUGAUGGUGUUCUUCCACGGCGGCGGCUUUCAGUUCGGCGGAAACAGCUACUCUGUAUACGACGCCCGAUACCUGGCCCUCUUCGGCGACGUCGUGGUGGUGGUGCCCAACUACAGGCUCAACGUGUUCGGUUUCUUGAACGCCAACGUUUCCGACGCACCGGGCAACAUGGGCAUGUACGACCAGAUCCUGGCACUCGAGUGGAUCCAAAAGAACAUCGCCAUGUUCGGCGGGGACCCUGAUCGCGUGACGAUGUUCGGCCAGAGCGCCGGCUCGGUUUCCAUAGGCUACCACCUACUCUCACCACUGACCAGGGGUCUCUUCAAGCGGGUCAUCAUGCAGAGUGGAACUCCUUACUGGAAGGUUCCGGACAACACCUUCACCGGCAAGCUCAAGGUCCAGCAGCUGGCCGUCGGCCUCGGCUGCCCCGUCGGCGAGCGGGGUAACGUGCUCGCCGAACCCGGAAAGGUCAUCGACUGCAUUCGUUCCAGGAGCCGCUCGAGCAUAUACCGGGCCAUGAAGGACGUGUUUGGCGUCGAGGAGCACUACAUGAUCCCGGCCUACUACAGCGAGUUCCUUCCUUUCGAACCUGUCCUGGCCACAGAGAGGGGCCAGUUCCAGGACGUCGACCUCAUGAUCGGCAACGUCAGGAACGAAGGCACGGGCAUAGUGGACCACUUCUUCUGGAAGAUAUUCAACUUCAAGGACUACACCAAGAUCACCGUGGACGAGAUAUGGUUCUACAGCCUGCUGGUCUUCCGCGUCAUCUUGGGCAAGAAUCCCGCGCCCAUCCGCGAGCUGUACCUGAACGACCUGAACGAGACGGACUCGUGGAUGGCGCUGAAUCGGUUGUCCGACGCUGUGGGCGACUUCAGCCUCAUCUGCCCGUCGCAGCUGUUCGCCGAGGCGUACGCCAAGCGUAAGAACAACGUGUACUAUUACAUAUUCAACCACCGACCCUCGUUCAGCGUCUACCAGCCGUGGACUGGCGUGGCGCACGGCGACGAGCUGGGCUUCGUGUUCGGCUUCCCGCUCCUCUACCCGCAGCACUCGACCGAUGAAGAAAGGGUCCUCUCCAGGCGGAUGAUGCGCAUAUGGUCGACGUUUGCGAGAACUGGGAAGCCGCCCACGGUCGGGGGCCAACUUUGGCCAAGGUUCACACGUGAUCACGCUUUCCACCUGAACAUCAACCUCAAGAACUACUCACACGGCAUUGACUUCCGGAAGAAGCUGUGCUCCUUCUGGAGGAAGUAUCUCGUUCCCACAGGUUCCUGGUGACCGUGGCCACACUCGCAACAGACUCCCGCGCACCCAUCUUGUGUACAGUUCUUCGUAUCAUGCUAUGACAUGUCAUGUCGUUAAACACGUUACGAAUAUGUAAAUAUAUAACAAAGUACAAAACGGCAAACCGAGUGUAGACCCGCGCGAGUUGCAUCACGAGACUGCAGUUUCCGUUAGACGCAAUGCUAGGUCGGGUGACUUUUGUAUGUCUUCCACGCGUGUAGCGCGAAAAUGACCAGUAAAACGUUUCUUUGCUGCGCA